GUUAUAGCCACGUUGGCACCUCUUGAACCUCUGUGGCCGUUAGCUCGGUUUUCUGCCCGCGUGCCCGGGAAACCAACGGAUUGGAAGGACUUUUAAAGAUGUAUGAGGAAAGAGCUCACUGCUGAAGAAGCCUGCUGCAUCACUGAACUUCUUACCACUAACACAGCCAGAUUUUAAUUUGGACGAAUUUGAGGUUAUAGGGGAGGUUAGCGAUGGCAGAAGACUAGGUGGAAGUGGCAUUUCUAGGUUGGCUGCAGUCGAAACGGUUUGAGCGUGGUCGCUGUGGCUUAUCGUCGCCACCAAUUACGAAAGCGAUGACUUCUACGUUGUUAGGUAUUUCUUAAACUGAGUUGGUAGAAAUGCGAAGCGUCAGGGUUCCCGCCGGCUUCGAGCCUUUCCUGACGUGUUUGUAUCUUGAGCUGAUUUCUACGUGACACACCAGCCCACAUCUCGCUCAGGUCCGCACACCCCCGGGUUGUUUUGCAAUAGCUGUCUCAGCCCUCUUUUCCUCUCAUUCCCAGAUCGUAAUUUCAAUUCAUAAACUUUCGUUUCUGUAAUAGCUUUAUCAACUCUUUUUCCGAUGUUCUGCCCCAGAUCUCUUAAAACAUAAAAUUACCUUGCAAGGCAUUGUUUGGAAUUCACGGUAUUUUCAUGAAGAAAAGACAACUAUUAAUAGAAAAUCAGAGUCCAGAACUAUGGCGCUCCAUUUCUGGUAUACUGGUUUGCAGAAGCCUUACAUUAAAAUUUCAUAAAUGAUCGUUUUGCUUUCAAGUGCAACAACAUCACAGUAGAGCUACAAAAAGAUUGAAAGGAGAUAUUUUAUCAAGUGGCACCAAAAUGGAUUGAUUAAAAUAGAAUGGCCUGAUUUGAAAGAAUUUCAGGAUCACCGGUUUCUCCUGCUUCAUGGGCAGGCCUUCAAUAUUUGGCAUCACCUUUACAUGGAGCACAAAGAUGAUGAUGAUGAUGAUGUGUCUUUUGCCAAAUGGAUGAGCAGCUUCUGGGGCCACAGCUGGAGAGAGGAGGAUCAGAGAGGACUCCGGGAACGCCACCGACCACAAGCCACCAGUCACAGGAAGACCUCCCUGCCCUGCCCACUUCCUGUGCUUCCCAGAAUUCCAUCAUCUGACCGUCAUCCUAGAAGGCAUUCUCAUGAGGACCAGGAAUUCCGAUGCCGAUCAUCUGACCGUCUUCCUAGAAGGCAUUCUCAUGAGGACCAAGAAUUUCGAUGCCGUAGCCACGUGCGGGAUUACGGAAAAUACUCAGAGGAUGGGUCAUUCAAGGAGCCACUGGAAUCAAAAGGCAGAUCCCAUUCCAAAAUUGAGAAAUUUUCGGAGUCCUUUGAACGACAGCUGUGCUUUAGAACCAAACGUUCUGCCUCUUUGGGACCUGAAAGCAGAAAGGAGAGAAAUGAAAGAGAAUGCCUGAGGAUGGAGAUAAAAUCCCGAAAGAAAGUAGAGGAAGAAAGGAGCUCUAGGAAAGAAGAACAUGGAGAAGCACACAUGGCUCCCCUGUUUGAAAAAGGGCCUGAAUAAUACUCUGCUUCCGCCUCAUGACAUCAGAUGCUAGUUUUGGUUUUUUUCUUUGAGCCCUAAUUCACCAUUUCAGGAUGUGGAUGGGGGCGGGGUUGGGGGUAAAAACAGCUAUAAAAAGCAACUGCAGAUGCUGAGUGACUGCAGUGGGCAGGGUAUGUAGCUGCUCCAAGAUGACUUGCAUCAUACCCCAAUUACUGCUGGCAUCUUAGUUGAGAGUAUAUUCUGCUUGGUUGCCUUUUUAUGGGAAUAAAGAGAAUAAAAGGUAUUUUAAUAGAAUAAAGAAAAAUUUGAAAACGUAAUACAAGGUAUUUAAAGAGCCACCCACGUAGCUUCACCAACCCUUCUUACACAUCAACUCACAAAUCAUCUUAAAUAAAAGUCAUUGGUAUGA